ACUACUAGCUUCUUUCCCUUUCCAAUGGCGUCCAUCCUUGUCGAGAAUGGUACCCUCACCCCGGGUUUCAUCCAAUUCAUCGUCGCCCUCACCACCCUGCUCAUGGUGAUCCGCUUCGGCCUGGACGCCUUGCGGCACCGGUCACGGGGCAACGUCACGCAGAUCGUCCUCGCCACCCUGGACACGGUGACACACACGAUGAUCACCUACAGCCUCGGGAUCAUGCAGCACCGCUCCGCGACCACCAGCUACUACCAGCUGUGGGCGGUGCUGCUGGUCACCCUCCGCUACAGCGUCAAGAUCGGCCGCCCCGCCGGCAUCGCCAUGAAGCAGACCCCGCUGUUCGAUCUCAUGUCCUCCUUCUGGACCGCCCACAUCCUUCGCUCCCAUAGUGUCAGCAUGCUUCUCAAGGUCCCCGGUUGGUUGCUCUGGUCCAUCAACUCCGCGCGCAUCAUCCAUGGAUUCAUCUCCUCGGCAGAUGCGAGCAAUGUCCACAGGGAGAAUAUGAGGUUGCUGACAGACUACAUGCGCCAUGAGCAUACAACGACCGUGCAGGUGCAGAGGCCUGACCCUAGCUCGAUGAAGGGCUACAGAUACUUGGUCUUGGGGGAAGGUAAGAAGCUGAAGAAAAGGGAAUUAGCCGAACAAGGCGUCGAUGGUGUGGAGACAACAGAAGCGAUCAACAGGAUAUUGCUGGCGCUGCUGACAGAUGAGAACAAUAUUGACCAGGAGCUCGUCACGCUUGAGAGGAUCUGGAGCCACCAGGGGCGAUGCUCCCACGAUGGCUGCCAAUGCAACCUGCCGCCCGGAUGCUGCGACAUUCUUGACCAGAAGACCAAGGACCUCUGCCUCUCCUUUGCCCUUUACAAGCUCCUCCGUAGGAGAUUCUUCAAUUUACCUAUCCAUGAGGCGAGACUGCAAAAGACGAGGCGGCUGGUUGUUUACGGGAUCCUCGGCGAGGGCGAUGCUGCCAACUACAAGAGGGCGUUCCGUGUCAGCGAGGCCGAGGUGGCUUUCCUCAAUGAUUUCUUCAACAGCAGGUAUGCUAUCAUAUUCGCUCAAGGUUUUCCCUGGAUCCGACUUGUGCUAACCACCCUUCUGAUUGGGGGCAUCUCAAGUGUGGCGGUUGCUGUCUAUAGAUUUUCUAAGUCUGCUAAAGAGGAUGAGCUAGGCAGAGUCCAUAUCCAUCAUGGAGUAUAUUUUACAUGGGUAAUUCUCUCCCUGCUUGGAGCAAAAGAGAUAUGGGAGAUGACAACCUAUGUUUUCUCGGACUGGACUAAGGUACUAUUGCUGUGCAAGUUCGUAGAGCAGCCAUGGUGGAUGCGAUGCUGGGUGGGCAACUUGGCACGGGCUCUGAUGAGGAUGCUCCUCUGUAGCCCCCCUUUGUUCAGAAGAUGGCAUGGCAAGGUCGGGCAAUUCAACCUUCUCUUCUCUAGACAUUCCUCGAUCCAUCUGUCCCAACAAGUGAAGGAGGCUGUGGUUGACUCCCUCAGGAACUCGGUUAGGCAAAACCUGGUGCUGAACAAUUACCUGGAGCAGGCAAUCAGCAAGAACUCGCUUAGGAUAAGGCUGGUGAGGCCGUCGGACAACCAGGAGCAGGAGCAGGCGCCCCAGAACUCCCAGGCAGAUGGCGGCCACCGUGUGAGUGUGGAGUGGCUACAGGAUUCGCAAAAGAAGAGUGUGGAGUGGCAGCUACAGGACGAUGUGCACACGCUACUAGUUUGGCACAUAGCUACAUGCUACUGCGAGCUUAAGCUCGCCGAAACAAGAAAUGUUGGAGCGAAUUACACUUGGUUGAGCUGGAGAGGCUUCGGCUGCAGGAGGAGGCCGUCAGAUGCUGAUAAUCCUUGGAGGCCUCACUACUUGGUGUCUAGGACAUUGUCGCAGUACUGUGCUUAUUUGCUCUGGCUGGUUCCUCCUCUCUUGCCGGGGAACAGCCUAAUGGCGAAGGCGGUGAUCACACAAGUUUACAGGGAGAGAAACCGUCUUCUUGGUAGAAGAGUAUAUCUACCCUUUUCCUGGUGUACUUCAACCACCAAAGUUCUUGACAAGCUCGAAACAUAUAGAUCGGGGGAGAUACAGUUAUUUGCCGAUGAAGCAGGAAACGCUAAUACCACCAUUCUCAGGAAGGGAGCAGAACUAGGCAUGGGCCUAAUUACAGCGGCGAGGAGCGCUGACAGCGAAGCUCUGUGGAAGUUCCUGUCGGAUUUCUGGGCAGGAUUCGUGGUGCACUUGGCUGAAUCAACCAAGGCUUCGCAGCACAAGAUGUAUCUGACAGCCGGCGGGGAGUUGUCGACGCAUCUCUGGGCGCUGCUAUCCCAUGCCGGCUACCUAGGGGCCACGCCGCACGGCGACCAAACGUCUGAUACGGUGCUCCAGCAACUCCAACCUUACAACCCGGAUGUGCAACUUUAAGUUAAAGGGAAAAUGCCUUUUUUUUUUAGUUUGUGAUGUCAAGCUUUCGUGUUUAGAUUGGUAUGAUUAUGUAUACUUAGUAUUUGGUUGUUUCUACUUGAUUUGAUUUGAUGCAUUGUGUUUGUCCAAAAUAAUACGGUGUAAUUUGUUUGUGAGAAAUGUACUACUAGUUGAAUUCCCCAUGUAAUUGCGUGGAGAGCUAUCUGAAAUAAAA